AUGGCGAGGAGCCCCAGAGUCCAGCUGUCUGAGGAGGAAGAGGAGGAAGAAGAGGAGCUUGGCCUCUCUCAGAUUAAACCCCAUAAAGCAGCCCUCACACCUGAUGGUCAACAUGGACUCGGUUUGAUCCAUCUAAGAGCUGAUAUCUCAGUUUGUGGAAUUGCCUCUUACAAUCCGAGCUGCGAGGAUCCGAUGUCAGGAGUUGGAAGCAGGAUGGAGGGGAAGAGGAAUAUCUUGAGGAUUCUGGGGAUUUUCUGCCUUUGGAUUACAGUUCAGGCUCAGAUGAAGAUCCCACCAGAGACUGGGCUGCCCAGGGUCUCGGAGGAGGCCAAUGAAGAACUAGAGGGUCCUCUGACAACAGAUGAAAUUCUUAAUGCGCUGCAGAGUAUGCAGGGGGGGAGGGCCCCUGGGAUCGAUGGGCUCCCACCGGAGUUCUACAAGGCUUUUUGGUGUGUUCUUCAGAGUGACAUUAUGGAGGUCUACAAUGAGAGUUUUAGUGACUCGUCUCUGCCCCAGAGUUGUAGGAGGGCAGUGUUGACUCUGUUGCCUAAGAAGGGGGACCUGCAGGACAUAAAAAACUGGAGACCGGUCUCUCUUUUAUGCACGGAUUAUAAAAUGCUUUCCAAAGUCCUGGCGAACAGACUAAAGAAGGUGAUGGAUCAGGUCGUUCACAGGACUCAGACAUAUUGUGUGCCCGGCAGGUCUAUAGUUGACAAUGUGUCACUAAUUCGUGAUUUUUUGGAAGUCUCUGGUUCGUUGGGCUUUGAUGCUGGUCUGAUUUCACUGGAUCAGGAAAAGGCUUUUGACCGGGUUGAGCACCGUUACCUUUGGAAAGUUUUGCAAAGGUUCGGCCUCAGCCCUGGUUUCAUUGCCAAGAUUAAGGUCUUGUAUGAGGACAUUGAGAGUGGACUUUUUAAGGCAUGGACUCUUUUUAAGUGGAACAGACUGGAACCUGCAGCUUCACUGUUCUGGCUCCUGGAGGAGCCUCUAAUCCACGGGGCCCGAUUGGAUGUUCAAGACAACAGUAGACCUGGUCUCACCCGGCGUUUGUGUUCAGCUGGGUCAGUGAAGUUGAGACGCGUAGUGGACGCUGCAGGUGCAGGACUCAACAACAUAGAGGCAGUAGCUUCUCUGUUGGGCCUGCAGUCGCAUCGUCACACCAGAGACAUUUUGAACACUUGGACUAACAGACUGAGUAGUGCAGAAAUGGAAAUGCUACAGGACUAUUUUUCUGGAAUAGACACUCCCGAUGGAAGGGAUCCAUUCCCUGAACUGGGUCUUACAAUAGACCACACUGGAUUGACGGGACCAUUGUUGGUCUAUAACAAUGCUGCUCCUGCAGACCUUUACAUGUUGAACGGGAAAGCUCUGUAUAAAUAUUGUGUUCAAGCUUUGAACAAGAGAAAGUUGAGUGGGAGAACGGAUAAUGUGUGGAGAAAAGAAAAUGCAAAGAAGUGGCAGCUGUUGAACUUUGUAGUUGGACAGGCCAAACUGUCCAUUUAUAAGAGCAGGAAGUGUCGAGUAGACGGUGUUUCAGGAAGAGAGCUGAUGCCAGUGUUUAAGGCGUUGGUGAAAGCCAGAAUCAGACACUUUAAGCUGCUGGUGGAGGAGCUGCAUGUUAAAGGAGAAGCGAAGAUCAAGAACGCCAUGAAGGAGUCCUUCAAAAUCCUCAAUGAGGCGAGGUUGAAAGGUCAGGGCAGCAUGUGUAAUCAGGCCAUCAUGCUGAUCACAGACGGAGCCAUGGAGGACUUUGAGUCGGUCUUUGAGGAAUUCAACUGGCCUGAUCGCAGGGUGAGAGUCUUCACCUACCUGAUCGGCAGAGAGAUGACAUUCGCUCAGAACACCAAGUGGAUCGCCUGCAACAACAAAGGUUACUACACACACAUCUCCACGCUGGCCGACGUGCAGGAGAACGUCAUGGAGUAUCUGCACGUUCUCAGCCGGCCAAUGGUCAUCAACCACGACCAUGACAUCAUCUGGACGGAGGCCUACAUGGACACUGUGCUUCCCAACACCAAGGAGCUCUUCACCACCAAAGCUCAGAGUCUCCUGCUGAUGACGUCGGUGGCGAUGCCGGUGUUCAGUAAGAAGACGGAGACGCUGUCCCAUGGGAUCCUGCUGGGCGUGGUCGGCUCUGAUAUCCCACUGAUGGAGGUGAUGAAGCUGGCGCCCAGAUACAUGCUCGGAGCUCACGGCUACGCCUUCCUCAUCACCAACAACGGCUACAUCCUGGCUCACCCUGACCUUCGACCUCUGUACAAAGAUGGAAAGAAACUGAAGCCAAAGCCGAACUACAACAGUGUGGAUCUGUCUGAGGUGGAGUGGGAGGACACAGAGGAGAAGCUGAGGACGGCCAUGGUGAAGGGAGAGACGGGCAGCAUCAGUCUGAACAUCAGAGCAUCAGUGGAUAAAGGGAAAAGACCUCUGUUCCUCACCAAUGAUUAUUUCUACACAAACAUCGAUGAGACGCCUUUCAGCUUCGGCAUGGCGCUGACGAAGGGUCACGGCAGGCUGAUGAUCAUGGGAAAUGUGUCUGUGGAGGAAGGGCUGCAUGAUCUCACCUCUCCGGACCUCUUCAUUGCCUCAGAGUGGACUUACUGUGAGACAGACAUCGACCCGGCCCACAGAAAGUACUCCCAGCUGCAGGCCGCCAUCCGCUACCUGCUGGGGAAGGAACCCGACCUCGAGUGUGACGAGUUGUUGCUGCAGCAGACGCUGUUUGACGCCGUGGUAACGGCUCCGCUGGAGGCCUACUGGAACGCUCUGAUGCUCAACGACAGGGUGGAGCCUGGAGUGGAGACGGCCUUCCUUGGUACUCGCUCCGGCCUGAUGAGGGUGGUGAGAUACGCAGGAGUGGAAAGCAGAGUGGCAAGAAAGUUCCUGACUCCGGCUGAUAAAGACAACCUGUUCACCAUCGAUCACUUCCCGCUGUGGUACCGCCUGGCUGUGGAAAACACUCCUGGGAUCUUCUUCUACUACCCGGUCAACGACAAAGGAGUGAAGUUCAUUGUGGCGACGACGGCGGUGACGGUUUCAUCUGAAGGGAGGACCGCCAUGGCUGGAGCUAUCGGGGUGCAGAUGUCCUUGGAUUUGAUGGAAAAAAGAUUUUGGGCCAUCGCCAAACAGCCUGCCGACACAGACUGUACGCUCAUCGAAGGCGUUUGUCCUCUGAGCUGUGAGAGCGCUGAUCUCAACUGUUUCCUGGUCGACAACAACGGCUUCAUCGUGCUGUCGAAAGAGAGGAACGAGAUUGGACGUUUCUUCGGCGCGGUGGACGGCUCCGUCAUGGCAUCGCUGAUAAAGAUGGGAAUGUACAAAAAAGUGUCGUUGUUCGACUACCAGGCCAUGUGUAAGAACAGUCAUCAUCACGCCAGCAGCGCUCGGCCUCUGCUCAGUCCGUUUUAUGUGAUCGCUGCGUUGAUCAGAUGGUUUUUCUCCAACGCUCUGAUGUUCUUGCUGGACUUUAACCUGUGUGGUCUUUGGCACUCUGAUUACUUUGUGGACGCCAAGGCCGGCUAUCACACCUCUCAUAAGCAGAAGAAGGUGGAUGCGUUGACACCAUGUGAUACAGCGUAUCCCGGCUUCAUGUACGACUCGUCUGUCAGAGAAGCAAACAGCCUCAUCAAGUGUGGACGCUGCCAGAAGAUGUUCGUGGUGCAGCAGAUCCCAGACAGUAAUCUGGUUCUGGUCGUGACUCAGGCCGACUGUGACUGUUCUCGUCAGUACGGACCGAUUGUUCUCGACCCCAAAGAGAUCAAAUAUAACGCCACAGUCAAGUGCAACAGGAUGAAGUCUCAGAAGGUGCGACGGCGUCCAGAGUCCUGCCACGCUUAUCAUCCAAAGGAAGAUGCGAAGGAAUGCGGCGGGGCAGCGGCCGUUUCCAUGACGAUCCCUCUCUUCUCCGCCUCUCUGCUCGUCUCAUUGGUGAUCCACCGCUGGACGUAA